AUGGCUCUUUCUUGCUGCCUUGAUGCUUCUACAUCAACUAAUGCCAGAUCCAUGUGGCCAUUUCCCUGUCUGUUAGCUAUCCUCAUUGCUCGCGCUUGGUCACGGAGCUCAAUAAGAAUGGAUCGUGGAGGCUAUGGACCUCUUAACAAUUUCCCACCACUGCAUGGAGACAGUGCAAAAAAGAAUUCCUUAUUUGAUAAAACUUCAGAACAUGUGUCUACAGGUCAUCAAGAUACCAUUAUAUUCCCCCAUGACGAACAUUACCACAGUUGUUGCGGUGAUACUUCAACUGUUCUGGAAUGUACCAUUGUGGACACGGGUAGUGGGGAUGGAGGAAGUGAACACAAGAACUCUUCUGAUCAGAAAGAUGAUGAAACUCUGUAUUUGGUGGCUGGUUCUAAAGACACUUUCUCAUGUGAUGGAAGUCGCAGCUGUGUGCCUACUAAUGAACAGGUAUGCAGUGAAGUCAUGCUGCUUAAAGAGGAGGGGCAAUACCAAAAUCUCCAAAGCAACUCGAACUCUGUGGACUCCUUUGCAGUCUCAUCUGAAGGCUGUGGAAGCAGGAGUGGGAUAUCUGUUCCUCAGGUAGCUGAUCUUCUCGGAACAAACGCAGAGUCCAGGACAAGUUUCGUCAAUGGCUUUUCAAGCGAAUCUGCCGAGACUUUCGGCGCUUCUGCUUUGGGCGGUGAAGAAGCAGACCGCAACGUCAACAGGUCGGAAGCCUACGCAGAGCCACCUAUACUUCAGCAUGAUCCUGGGGAAUCAAUGAAACAGCUGUGA